AUGGCAGGUGUUCGCGGCUUCAACGACGCCAAUCUCCAAACGAAUAAUGGCGUUCCUGUGUGGAAGCAAAAGACAUCGCCAAAGCUUACUAAUAGUACCGACUACGUUAUGCCAUGGUACUUGAAUUAUCUCGGAGGAAAUUGGUCCGAGGCUACGCAGUGUAUGAUUGCAGGCAGCAACGGCUGGUACCAGAAUCAUGCAGCUUGGAAUGGCGGAACAAACGACCACUGGGCUCUCAACAACACCCCGUACAGCAUUGGCUACUACAAGAGAGAUGAUUUGCCCACGCAAUGGGCGCUGGCGGAGAAUUGGGUAGUCGGGGACAUGUAUCAGGAAUCGGUCAUUGCGUCAACAAGCCCAAACCGCGUCAUGUGGAUAAGCGGCUCUAUCAACGUCCCGGGUGGUAAUCUCAGUCCGGAUCUAGGAGGCAAUCCUUAUAUCGACAACUACGAAACCCCUGGAUGUGACGACAACGGCAUCAACUGCUACCCUCUGAAAUGGAAGACGGCACCAGAGUACUGGGAAGAAGCAGGCGUCAGUUGGCAAAUAUACCAAGAUGGCACCGAUGACUAUGACAACUUUGACGACAACCCCCUUGCAUGGUUCCAGCAAUUCCAACAGGCCAAACAAGGUUCCAACCUGAACACAAAGGGUAUGCAGGGACGGAAGCUGCAGGAGUUUUACGACCGGGCGGCAAACGGAACUCUCCCCGAGGUUUCCAUCAUCAUCGGGUACAGAGAACUGGCGGAGCACCCGCCUUACUCCCCCCACGACGGAGCCUGGCUAGAAAACAAGAUUGCAGAAACAGUCAUCAAGUCCCCAAAAUACAACCGAACUACACUAAUAAUCUCAUUUGACGAAACGGGCGGCUGGUUCGACCACGUGGACCCGUACAGAUCGCCCAACGGAACACGAGGCGAAUGGUAUAAUGACAAAGCCGGCAUCGGAUACACCUUUGCCGGGCCCGGGUUCCGCGUCCCCUUCUACAUCAUUUCCCCGUGGACGAGAAAAGGCGGUGUCUUCGUCGAACACGCCGACCACACCUCGCAGCUACAAUUCAUCGAAACGUGGCAGGCAGCCAAGUCCCGCGCCUUCAAGUCCCGCGAGAUAGUCCCCUGGCGCAGAGAAAACAUGGCCGAUUUAUUGAACGCUUUUGACUGGGACAACCCCGACUAUAGUAUCCCCGAGCUGCCGAAAGCCCCUGAGCCUCACAGGAACAGCCGGGGCAAGUUUGACGGCGCAUCGCACUGCAUGGGGCUGUACGGGGACCCGCGGCCUCCCGUGCCGUAUUCGGGAAGCGGCGCAACCACCGACAUGGCCGGCCUGGUUGAGCAUGGCUUCAAGCCGAUUCGCGGCAAUUUGACAGAGGGCCGCUACUUGGUUCUGGAAAUGGGGCGCUAUGCGCUCGCCAACGCCGAGAAGGUGGUGACUGGUAAGGCGUGCGGGAGGCAUGAUUCCAAGAGCCAGCGAUGGGUGGUGCAUGUUGAGGAGCUGGGCGGGACGAGGUUCAAGGUGUCGAGCGGCGAGAGUGGCAAGUACGUGUGUGCUGGUUUGGCGCUUUGCAGUGACAAGUGCAAGGCUAUCGUGUUUGAUGUUCGGUUUAAACCGGGCCGUGGGUAUAGCUUCGCGGUUAGAGAUGGUGAGUAUUUGGUGGCGGAUGACAGGGGAGAGUUGUCAUUGAACGGCUCCAGUGCGUACUGGACUAUUUACAGCGUUAGUUAUUAG